AUGCGAUGGAAGGGCCUCAAUUCAGCGAUUCCGCUCCUCCUCGUCUCCUUAAUCUAUCGCGUAAAUUCAGAAGACACGGGUCCAAUUGGAGAGCAUGUGUGCACAGUACCAAAAUUAGUGGAUUCCUAUGAAAUCCAGAAGGUCGUCCGGCCCACGACGCUCGUCGAUUACGAAACUUGUGCAGAUAUUACACAGGGAUUUAGCUGUAAAACUGUCAAGACCGGCAACAAGGUCACCUACGAGCGACGGUUGAAGAAGAUUGAAAAGUACGUGCGGGAAUGCUGCGAGGGGUACUACGAGACAAAGGACAGAAUAUGCAAACCCGACUGUAACCCGGCCUGCAAGAAGGGCCGUUGCGUGGAGCCGAACGUUUGCGAGUGCGACGCUGGUUAUGGUGGGAAGACGUGUGCUUCGACAUGCUCCUUCGGCAAAUGGGGCCCGUCCUGCCGAAAUGAGUGCGGCUGUGAGAACGGAGCGAGUUGCGACCCGGAGUCCGGAGUCUGCGCCUGUACUGUUGGGUGGAAGGGCGAAAAGUGCGGUGAGGCCUGCGACCCGGAGAAGGAAUGGGGUGUCGGAUGCAAGGAGAAGUGCAUCUGUCAGAAUGGCGGAAAAUGCGAGGCGACAACCGGAGAAUGCAAAUGCCGAAAGGGAUACGGUGGAAAGUACUGUCUACAGCAAUGUUCCGAGGGAAUGUUCGGCGAGGAUUGCCAAUUCUCGUGCAACUGCCAGAAUGGGGCCACCUGCGACCGUGAGAAUGGGAAAUGUCUCUGUGCGCCGGGCUUCAAGGGCCCCGUGUGUGAGGAGGCUUGCCCUGACGGGACAUUCGGGCCAAAUUGCGAGAAAAAGUGCAGCUGUCUGAACAAUAACAACUGCGACGCGAAGACUGGAAAAUGCAUUUGCAUCGGCUGGAAGGGACCACAAUGCGAAACGGGAUGUCCAAGAGGAUUUUUCGGGCGCGACUGCUCGGAAAAGUGUCAAUGCGCGGGCAUCGACCGUCCCGAUUCGAAGGCAGCGUGCGAUGCAAUCACCGGCACUUGCCUAUGCGAGAAAGGCUUCGCCGGGGCCGAUUGUCAAUUUAGAGCUUGCCCGGAGGAUAUGUGGGGUCAGAAGUGCGACCAGCAAUGUACCUGUUUGAUGGAUAACACGGAGACGUGUACGCCCGAUACCGGCGAUUGCCGCUGCAAAGCCGGCUGGACCGGUGAUUCCUGCGAAAAGCGUUGCGACAAGAUGCGUUGGGGUGUGGAUUGCGGCCGGAAUUGUACUUGCGACUUUGCCUUCGCCUCGGAAUGCUCCCCAGAUAAAGGAGCAUGCGUCUGUUUGCCGGGAUAUUAUGGCACCGACUGCAAGAAGACAUGCCCUGCGGGAAAAUUCGGGCUCGACUGUGCCUUUGAUUGCCAGUGCAAGCAUGGCCAGUGCAAUCCGGUCAAUGGGAAAUGCAUCUGCGAGAAAGGUUUCCAAGGCCGCGAUUGCGAAUUCGGAUGCCCGGCCGGCACUGCCGGUGCUGGGUGCAAGGCUUGCGAGUGUGGCGGAAAUGGUCGCGGAUGUUCAGCCCAAAAUGGGACAUGUCUCUGCCGGGCCGGCUUCCACCUUUCAGACGACAACAAAUGCCAGUUGCCCUGCCCGGAGGGUGGUUCGGAUUGGACUGUCGGCACAAGAGUGCUUGCAAGGAGACUGGACAGUGCUCGUGUCCACCUGGGAAGAGAGGGCGACGAUGCGAAGAAGCCUGCCCUUCCGGCCAUUUCGGCCUCGAUUGUGACUUUGAAUGCCCGAAUUGUGCCCAAAACGAAGAAGAGGGACCCACCUGCGAUGGCCAGACCGGAAAAUGCAAAUCAUGUCCGCUCGGAAAGUACGGCCACUUCUGCGAGGAAAACUGCCCGGCGGGGACCUAUGGAAAGGAUUGUGCCGAGAAAUGCUCGUGUGAUGCCGGGGAAUGCGAUCCGGCCACUGGGAAAUGCCACUGCCCGCCAGGAAGGGUCGGCGAGAGCUGCGAAAAAAAAAUGCGACGCUGGAACCUGGGGUGUGGGUUGUUCAUCUACAUGCCCCCGAUGUGCGAAUGGAGGUGUUUGUGAUGGCGAGACGGGACUGUGUCUAUGCCGACCAGGCUGGCAGGGCAGAACUUGCGAGAGGCAGUGCCAGCCAGGCUUCUGGGGGCUUGGGUGUGAGAAGAGCUGCUCGUGCGCCUCGGAAUUCAAGCAGUGCCACCCGGAAACCGGGGAAUGCGCGUGCCCAUCCGGUACUCAGGGUGAUCAAUGCUCUCAACCUUGUGAGCCCGGCUUCUUUGGGCCCGACUGUAUACAGCAUUGCAAGUGUCAGGGGAUCAGCACAGCGACGUGCAACCGCUUCACCGGCUCCUGCCAAUGCCACCCGGGUUUCGAGGGCGAAUUCUGCCAUAAUUUGUGCCCGGAAGGUCGAUUCGGGCUGAAAUGCGCGAAGGAGUGCGGGAAGUGUCCUGGGGAGGAGGAGCGAUGUGAUGCUGCUAUCGGAUGCUGCCAUCCGGAUGAUAUUCAAUGCGGGAAAGCCAUGGAAGCCUACCUGAAAAUGGGAAACGCCGGCCGGGGUCCGUCGUUCUGGCUGUGGUUGAUGGCCAUCAUCGCCAUCAUCAUUGGGGUCGUGUUCUUCUGCGGGCUGUUCCACUACCGCCGGAAAUACAAGAAGGAGAAGGUGCCCGAGUUGCCGAAUGUUGUAUACUACAACACCGAGGACAAAGACGCCAACGAGUUCAACAACCCGCUCUACUCGAACACCGGCGCUUUCGAUCGAGACCUAAGCCAGCACAACCACGUGAUGACCGAGGUCGAGGAGAAGGACGAGAUCGAGCAGCUCAAGGGACGUAAUAUUCGCGGAAAGAAGGGCAAUGACUACGCAACACUCGACGAUAUGCGGAAUUCGCCGAGCACCUCCGUCGGCUCCCCGGGAUCAUCAUCACAAUACGAGAAUACGGGUGCUGCGUGGGACGCCGAGAAGCAGAACUACGACAAUCACAAAAAGAACCAGAACUAUUAUUCG